GAAAAGCAUUUUCUUUAUCCCGGUCGGAUUUUGAAUCGCGUCGCGAAAACGGGAUUUUCAGGGUGGAGAUUUUCCCGGAGCAGAAAAUUAGUAAUCGUCGACAGUGAAAAAAUCAGUGCUGGAAGAUUUUUCCCCCGCCACCCUUCGUCUCACCCACUCAUCCGCCGCAAAUCGGUGUGCGAUUCCCGUUUUUGUGUUUCCACACAAGAAAAGAGGAGUGGUUGCGGUGGUGUGAGUGGAUCUCUCCCUCGCCCGUGGUGGUGUUGGUGAACGCCGUCUCCGUUUUUUGGCGUGCGGGUGUGUUAGUGCAUGUAGGAUUGUGUAUUUUUGUGUGAGAUUUUCUGAUUAAUCAGAAUUUCGAGUCUCGUCGGGAGGAAAUUUUUGCCGUACUGCAGUCCGUCGCGCGAAUCGGGAUUGUUUUAAAUGUGAUUUCGAGCCAGGAAGUGCCCGGAUUAUCGUCGGUGGCCAGUGUGGAUAUUUCGGGAGUUUAAUAGGGAGAAAAUCAGCAGUCAGUAGCAGAAGCAGCAGGAAGAAUAUACGGUGGCAAUUUGGAAUAAAAUAAUGUUUUCAAUUUGUGGAACCGAUUGAUCCUGUUCCGGGUGUUGUGUUUCCGUCGGGGUGUCCCCGGGAGGUCACCGGUUACGAUUCACUUCCUGUAGUUGGAGAUUGAAUUGGAUUUCGUGAAGAAGUGCAAGUGGAUUGCGGAGAAGGAUCUUGAAGAACCGGAAGAAUCUCGGGUCUCUGCCGUCGUCGUCGUGAGUGAUUCCGGGAGUGGUGUUCCGCUUGGAAUAAGUCCUGUGUCAAACCCAACCGCCCUCGGAGGUGUGAAGUGCGAAUAUAUCUAAAGUGCCCAGCAAUACUGUCUGUGGUGAAGAAUAUUCAUCCCUUGGCUCUGGAGAAGGCAGGCCAGUUUAGUUCAGUGAAGAAAAAUCAACACACAUCAUCCGCCGCGAACCGAAACGAAUACAUUCUCGCAGGAAGUUGUUCCCUAUAGAGUCGAUUCUCACUCACAUUCAGAAGAACCGUCGUGGAGGUGCGUUCUGUUACCCGAGAUAGCAUUUCGGGAAUAAUAUCGGUUCGGUUCGCUCUGUGGUGUGGCUUUUGGAUAUUCCACCACCACGACACACAGCGACACAAACCAUCAUCCGUAAUCAUUGUCAUUGCGGGGCAGCCGUCAUUGAGCGCCGCGCCAUCAGUAGACUAAGCAGAGAACCAGAAGUGUAGUAGCAGCAGACACAGGGAAUCGACGUCGACGACAACGACGACGAUUACGUCAAAAUGGCGCAUCAAAUGAUGCCCCAGUCGGUGAACUGCUCACUGGACGAUAUCGAUCUGAAUGCACUGAAGGACCCAGCUGGAAUCUUCGAACUGAUCGAAGUGGUCGGAAAUGGAACCUAUGGACAGGUUUACAAGGGUCGCCACACAAAGACUGGACAACUCGCUGCCAUUAAGGUGAUGGACGUCACCGAAGAGGAGGAGGAGGAAAUCAAACUGGAGAUCAACGUGCUCAAAAAGUACUCCAACCACCGGAACAUUGCCACGUACUAUGGUGCAUUUAUCAAAAAGACCUCGGCCGGCAAGGACGACCAGCUGUGGCUGGUCAUGGAGUACUGCGGGGCCGGUUCCGUGACCGAUCUGGUCAAAUCGACCAAAGGCCAGAGCCUCAAGGAGGAAUGGAUCGCCUACAUCUGCCGGGAGAUCCUGCGGGGGUUGAGCUAUCUGCACACGAACAAAGUGAUACAUCGGGACAUCAAGGGCCAGAACGUGCUCCUGACGGACAACGCCGAGGUCAAACUGGUGGACUUUGGCGUGUCGGCACAGUUGGACAAAACGAUUGGCCGGAGGAACACCUUCAUCGGCACACCGUACUGGAUGGCCCCCGAGGUGAUCGCUUGCGACGAGAACCGGGACGCCACCUACGACAAUCGGUCCGAUCUGUGGUCGCUGGGUAUCACCGCGUUGGAGAUGGCCGAAUCGCAACCUCCCCUAUGUGAUCUGCACCCGAUGCGGGCCCUGUUCCUCAUUCCGCGGAAUCCACCGCCACGACUGAAAUCGAAAAAGUGGUCCAAAAAGUUCCACGGAUUCAUCGAUACGGUGCUAGUGAAAGACUAUCAUCAACGGCCUUACACGGAACAGUUACUGAAGCACCCGUUUAUCAAGGAACAGCCCACGGAACGGCAGGUGCGGAUACAGCUGAAAGACCAUAUCGAUAGGUGUAAGAAACGCAAACAGGAGAAGGAACGCGAUGACUACCGGUACUCGGGUUCGGAGAACGAGGAAGAGGAACUGCCGACGGCCGGUGAGCCGUCGUCCAUCAUUCAGGCGCCCGGUGGCGAUACGCUUCGGAGAAACUUCCAGCAGAUCCAGGAGGGUCGGACGCUGAUGCAGAGUGUCGAACAGCAACAACAACAGCAGCAGCAACAACCACCGCCGAACGCCAACCGAAAUCAGAAACCGCAAUCGCGAGAUGACCGAAGUAAACAGCAAUCGGUGGAGGAACCGGGACCUCCCUCGCGGCCAGCACUACCUCAGCGGCUGAUAGUGGUCCCGGAUCCGCCGGCCAAUGCGAACGCCAACCGGCCACUACCUCCGACGCCCCGGUCCGGCAGCAGUUCAUCCCAGUCACCGUCCCAGCAACAGCAGCAGCCAUCUUCCCAGCAACCAACGCCCCAGCAACCGCCCCGUAACUCCCAGAACAUCUUCAAACCAAUGCUGCCGCCACGACGACCAGAGGAUUUGGACAUGUUAGCCGCACAACUAAAUGAAUUGGGCGUCUCCCAACAGUCACAGCAAGCACAGCCGGAAGCGCCACCACGAAGCAACCGGCAACCACCGCAACAGCCGUCAUCGCAGCAAUCCGGUGGCAUCGGAGGCGGCGGCAGCAGCAACAGUGGUAAGCCCAUCAUGGGUAUUGCCGCGUCCAACGGUAGCAGCAACAACAACAACAACAAUAACAACAACCACCACCAUGGGCCGCCGGUCAACCCGCUGGAUCCGAUCGAAAGCUCCGACUCGGACUCGGAACCGGAAGAACCGAACGAUCGGGCGCGGAACGACGGUACGCUGCUGGCCAGCGAUCCGCCCAAGCCACUUCCCGAAUUCUCCUAUAGGCCCGGCGGACUGGGAGUGCUGGCCGAGUCGGACCAGAACAACCAAUCGUCGACGCAGACGACGACGACGACGCCCGGUGGCAGCAACAGCGGUGUGCUCUCGCCGCCUAGUGGCGGACCUCCGAACCGACCGCUGCCACCGACGCCCGACGAUGACGACGCCCAGGGCGACCGGACGCUGAUCAAGAGGAGCUACGAUAACAAAUCGUCCUCAUCGAUCGGGACCACAACGUCCUCCGCCUCGACUGGAUCGACUCAAUCCGAAAGCGAGGAAGCCGUUCUGCUGCGAGACUGGGACUUUGAGCGAUUCUUCCCUUCGAACGAGCGCCCUCAGCGAGCAUCCCUCCCGCAGCAACGUCACUCCAUGUCGGACAAAUCGUCAUCUUCGUCGCCGGCAGAUUCCAACGGACGCCUUAACGCCAACGGGUUGAACAAGCUGCGCAAGGAACGGGAAAAUAGCAAAACUUCCAACCUGGCGUACGCCGAGAAGAAAAAGGUCGAAGAAAUGAACAACAGAAUACGGCUGGAGGAGCGAGUCAAGAGCGAAAUCUUCGCUCGCCAGUAUCGCAAUCAGCAAUCUCCCGGCAAGUCCAGUUCCAGCUCGUCUUCAUCAACCGUCACCAAUCAGUCGCCUCAGUUCCUUGCACCGCAAUCUCACAAACGUCAGGAGUCUGACUCUAAACUCUCGCUCAACUUUGUCCGGGGAUUCCGCCGGGAGAACUCCGACUUCUUCCCACUGUCCAAGCGACACUCGGCCAUUCUCGGCGAACAGCUGACGCCUAGUGGCGGAAGCAGUUCCAAGCAAAUGUCCUCCAGUGCCAUCCAGCCACAGCAACGUUCCAGUGCCAUAUUCUCGCGCAAUCGCAACAAGGGAGAACCCAUCCUAACGGACUUCACCGUCACCAAACGAGGUGAUGGGGACGAACCGCGACCUCGCACUCCCCCAAGACCGUCAAACCAAACCGCCAAUCCGCAGCACGCAACGCCUGCAUCGCGGCAAGCCACUGCCACGCCCUCAGUACGGAAUCUCGACUUCCUACGACCUCGCCGGGAGAAAACCGAAUCGGUCAUCUUUGUACGCAAUUCGCCCACGCGGCAGCAGCUGUUCGACAGCCAGAACCGCGGUGGCGAGAACAGCAGUUUAGGAACGCCCGGUCAGCGUACGAGCAGUGUCCUCCCGGAUCUGCUGAGUCAGGCAUCCCCGGCCACACCGCCACGACAUGACAAAUCCGCCAGCGAAGAGUACCGAGCAGCCGUCAGUUCCUCCGCCCAAUCCACACCAUCCAAGUCCUUCAUCGCCGUUGCGAGCGGUGGAGUCAACAUCAACAACAACAACAUCAAUAUCAAUAAUUUUAACCAUCAACAUAGUAGUAGUAACAAUGUCAGCCAUUACCUUGCGCCUUCCAGUGCUGCUGGAGCGGGAGGAGAAGGAGGGGGAAGACCAGCGGGAAACAACAAUUCCUCGCCGCACUCGACGGUGUCGAAUUCGUCCUCUUCCUCCCACCAUAACAGUCCCAACCAUUCAAUUAACAUUAGAAAUCUAAACAACCACAACAAACUUCUACAUGGUAGUAGCAAUAAUAACAAUCAUAUACCUCUCCAUUAUCAAAUGAACCAACCAAAUCACCACCACCACCAUCACCAUCAACUCCAACAACAACACCAACUGUUGCACCAUCAACAAUCGCAACCCGCCUCGCUGAACUCCAUCUCCGGUGCUUCCGGGGCCACUUCCGGUGCUGCUCCUCCGCCGUUGCCCCCGUUUGCCCUGGCCCUGCAACAGAAGCAACGAAGUUUCCUCACGUUCGGGUUCAGUGCCGGAUCCGGAGGUUCCGGGGCGGCCCGGCGGGAAAGUCACGUCAACGUGAACGUCACUCCCACGUCGCACGAUGCCGCCUCCGAUACGCCCGAGAUCCGCAAGUACAAGAAACGCUUCAACUCGGAGAUCCUCUGCGCGGCGCUGUGGGGCGUCAACCUGCUGAUCGGCACCGAGAACGGGCUUAUGCUGCUGGAUCGGUCCGGACAGGGCAAGGUCUACCAGCUGAUAUCGCGAAGGCGAUUCCAGCAGAUGGAGGUGCUAGAGGGACAAAACAUUCUGGUGACCAUAUCCGGCAAAAAGAAUCGAGUGCGUGUUUACUACCUGUCAUGGCUCAAGUCCAAAAUCCUUCGGACCGAUGGAAUGGGAGAUCAACAAGUCGAACGCCGCAACGGAUGGAUCAACGUGGGUGACCUGCAGGGGGCAGUCCACUUCAAGAUCGUCAAGUACGAACGGAUCAAGUUCUUGGUCAUCGCGCUCAAGGAUUCGAUCGAAAUCUACGCGUGGGCGCCCAAGCCCUACCACAAGUUCAUGGCAUUUAAGAGUUUCGCUGAACUUAUGCACCGCCCACUGCUCGUUGACCUGACCGUCGAGGAGCAAACGCGACUGAAGGUGAUCUACGGUUCGGCGGAAGGCUUCCACGCGGUUGAUCUCGACUCGGCCAUCGUCUACGACAUCUAUCUUCCUAAACAUACUCAGGGUCCAAUUUCACCGCACUGCAUCGUCACGCUGCCAAACUCCAACGGAAUGCAGCUGCUGCUGUGCUACGACAACGAAGGCGUCUACGUCAACACCAUGGGUCGGGUAUCGAAGAACAUUGUCCUGCAAUGGGGCGAAAUGCCGACUUCGGUCGCGUACAUCGGUACCGGUCAGAUCAUGGGCUGGGGCAACAAGGCAAUCGAGAUCCGUUCGGUCGAAACCGGUCACCUUGACGGGGUGUUCAUGCACAAGAAAGCCCAACGCCUCAAGUUCCUCUGCGAGCGGAACGACAAGGUGUUCUUCAGUAGUGCCAAAGGUGGGUCGUCCUGUCAGAUCUACUUCAUGACGCUGAACAAGCCCGGUAUGGCCAACUGGUAAAAAAAAGUCGGGAACUACACCGCGGAAAACCCCUACAAUCCACAAGCACGGGGAGUUUCCAGAUUUUAGGCAUUAGGAUGAGUGCACUGUGAAGCGGCGAGGAGCGUGCGAAAGUGUGAAAGAGAACGAGAGCUUGCGAUGGUGUGCGCUAGAUGGCGGAAGCAUUAUUACUCCUACUAUUAUGCAACACACAGACACAGACGGAUACCCUGUUAGUUAAGGUAAGAAUUGCGUUUCUGAACAAAUUUCGCAAACAAAAAGCUACAAAUCAAGUUAGAUCGAAUAAUUUAGAAACCGUAAAAUCGGAAAAUCUGCGCCGGAUUGAUGUGAAUCGUGUUUAGUAAAGCAAGUAUACAGUCGUAUAUAUUAAUUAUACUGUUUAAGAGAGAAAAAGUAAAUCCGCACACGAGUAAACGAUAAUUAUAUUACCGUUGCCCAGAACCGGAAAACAGCAGUCUCUUUUUUAGUGUCCCCUAGCUUUCUCUCCACUCGCCAGUUCGUUUUGCGGGGGCAUUUUGCAAUUGUUAGAUAGCUUGGUGCGGUUUUGCCUUCUUAGCAUUGUGCUGUGUAAAUAUAAAUUUAUAAACAUCCUUUAGCUAUUCUAUUCGCAACGACACCGAACCCGACACAACUGUUUGCGUGACGUCAAAAUUCAGGAACAAACUAAAACGUCGAACAAAUCAUGUGAUUAUUUAUUUGGAAUUAAUUGCUGUUUUGGGAUUCGCAGAUCCUGGGCAAAUGAGUUUUAAUAAAUGGAAAAAAAAAUCCGCUUUACUCGGCAAAUCUAAUCCAAAUCUGACUCCGCAGAAUUUUAAAACGACUACAAUUCUAGAUGGGCAGUCAGUGGACAACUACAAUUAGUAUUCGCGGUUUUUGGAAUAUCAUCAGUCGACAGUUUAGUUGACGCCUUGACACAGAUUAUAUUAUAUUUUUGUUUGUUUUUUUUUAUACAUAGAAAUGCUUAUUUUUAUACAAUCGCCCAUACUUUAUGCAUCAGAAUUAUAUUUUUUAUUGAUUGUUUCCUAUUUUUACGAUUGAACAAAAUACGCUCUACUAUUAUAUACUUUCUCGCUUAUAAUCGUGCUGUAUAAAUGAGAUAAGCUGAAUAAUUUAAUUAUGUAUUUGGUGUAUACCUCCCUUAAUCGCUUGCCCAUACGAUCGCAGCAAUCAAGGUUAAGCAUUUUAAUGGAUUUUUUCUCUUUGGAAUCAAGCCAAUUGGUCGUUACGGGUGUUCCGAGUAGACUUUGCAUGAACUUCGGUGAAAUAUCCAUCCGCAUUCGCCUUAAGUUUGGUCAUUAUGUGAAAUGACCCACAUUUCCUCGAAAAUGACCCCUCGGUCCCUAGCAACGAAUCAAACGAAGGACGAAUGUAAGUUUUCGUACUAUAGAGACAGUCAUACAUUUAAAAUAAAUUGACAUUUCUGUUGAAAGUCUUUCCUGUUUUUUAUUCUGUUCAAUAACGGUUGAGCUGUUUCACCGAAUGAUCUCCCGAACGGAAUCAGACGAACGAAACGACUCACUCCCGUUUCUAAUAAGUGCCAUUUUCUACUACUUUUACCUAUACCUUUUUUCCUGUGUGCAAUAAUCUACUCAGUAAUCAGCAAAACACCCAUUUCAAUCCGAUCCCUAUGUUGGUGCGAUCCCAGAUUGAAACGUAAAAAUCGUCGUCAACUUUUGCGCCUAGGUCAAUCUUACAGUGAAUAACAAUAAAAACAAAAGUCUGAUCUUUAACUAUAUCUUUAAAUUCUAUCCUACCACAACGUGGCCGUUUGCCGGAUUGCCGUUUGGUCGACACGAAUUAUGCCAGAUGGCUUAACCAUUUGUCUCGACAGAACGUGCGUCCAGGCGGCCAUUUUCAAUUUUAAAUCCAAAAUCUCUUGCUUUAGAGAGAAUGAGGAAUCGAGUUACACCCACAAUAGAGAAUGCAAUUCCAAAUGCAAGUUUAGAAAAAAAAAAUCAAACAUUAACGAUACAGUGAAGUGCACAUUUAGUAAAACAAAACAGCAAAGUAAAGUUGAAUUAGCAGAUAACGACUCAACAAUAGGUAACUUAAUAAGACGAUACAAGUUAGAUACAAUUUUUAAACAGAUCAAAUCAAUCAAGGACAACACCCGUGGGAAAGAAUAAAAUAGGACUAAAACAAACGAAAGAGUAGUGAGAGAAAACAGUUUUUAUGGGUUCAAUCGCCAUACCGAAAAAUAGGGAGAAAGGAUCGUGUAAUGAAAUGCCUUCAACCAACAUUAAACAAAAAGAGACACAAACAAAAAAAAACAUAAACAGUGAUAGGAAAAAAAUAAUAAUCAACCAUAAUCGCAGCAUCGCUAAUAUAAUGUUUUAUUUUAAUCCAGUUUUCAAAUACCCAUUUCGUUAAAAAUAAUUUUACCUACAUGUGCUAAACACAACGCAUUUUGACGUUUAUGUCGCCAUUUCUAAUAAAUCCCUGUCUACGAAUCAAAUGAAUACACCCAUACCCAUACACGCACUCACUAAAACACACUGAAAUAUUAGUAUUCUAAGAAACAAACAAAAACACCCAUGCGCAGGUUUAUCUUCCCCAUAUCUUUAUUAUUGUAGAAUUCACUGAAAAUCACACAUCCUCAUUAGAAAAACACUAAAAAUCACACUCGUACACGAACAUUUUCAAAAUUUUGGUUGUAUGUGAGAUAUGAAUAUGAAAAGAAUUCAAGUUUAAACACACACAAACGAACGCAUCUCACUUAACCAACCAAACAAAACGUAUUCAUUCUAGUUCACUCUAUCAUUGAUCGAAAACAUUUACAAAAAAAAACAUACUAAUAGAAGAAGAAUAAAAACAAGCAGAGAAAAAUACAAACAACACUUUUUAAAACGAUCAAUAAACAGAAAACAAAAGAAUAAAUAUUAAACAAAGAGGGCAAAUAAACGAAUUGAACAUUGUUGAAAAGAGACGUGGGAAGCUUAGAGGGCAAGAACAGAAGCAUAACAACAUCGACCGAAACUUACGCGUUCAUCUUAUUUGGUGCGCCGACCAUUUGCUCGGAAGCAUAAAACAACUUGAGUAGUGGAAGCAAAUGUCGAACACAGCGCGCGCAGUACACAGCAGGAAAUUUUGCAAACAUAAACAGAUGUGAGAGGAUUAUAAGAAAGAGAGAAAGAGAAAGCAAAAAAAAA